AUGGCGGCCGCAUCUCCCCCGUCCGACGCGCACUACCGCCAUGUGCUCUCGCAGAUGCAGCGCGAGUUCGCGCGUGCCACGACCGCGUUGGAGAAACAGGUGACGGCAUUAACGCGCCAUAACGCGCUCUUGACAACCGAGUUACAGCAAGUCAAACAGCAGCACGAACAGCAGCAAGACGACGCCAAACGGACCGACGAGGCGCAUCGUCUUGAAGUGACGGCGCUGAAGACGCUACUGCAGCAGGAACAGGAGUACUGGACGCGCUGGGAACGCGCGAGUCGAGAAGACCGGGACCGAUGGACGCAGCGCGUGGCUCAAGCCACUGCCGAGACGAUGCAGCUGAGCGAGCAGAAGCAGACGCUGCAGCGGGAGGUUCAGGCGCUCCAGAGCCGCGCGGAGACGGCCGAGGCCACGAGCGCGAGCUUUGAGCAGCGCCUCGUGGUCGUCGUCCAGGAGCAGCAGCAGCGCCAGCAGGCGAUGGAGUCGCAGUUGACGCAGUACCGGCAGAAGGUGCACGAGAAGCGCGCGCAGAUCAAGUACUUGACGGAAGCGCUGGUGCGACUGCAGGAGCGUCGCGAGGGGAGAGACGACGCCACGGAGGUAGAUGCAGCUGGUAAGACGAGGACCAAGUUGUUGACGACAAGAACGAGGAGGACGGAGGGAGAGCAUGCAGUUGCUAGUGCUAGUGCUACUGCUGGUGCGGCUGGGAUGAUGCCGUCGGUGGUGUUCAAGCCACGAAUGGAGACGGGAAGGGCGGAGAUUGGUGUGGAGCGACGGGUGAGGAAACGAGAGUUGACGUUGCCGGAAGAGGUGAAGGUGGCAGCAGCAAAUGUGACGACGGCGAGCAGGAUGUACAAGAGCAAGCGGAUGGGGUCGUCUCGAGCAGGCACGUCGCCGACGUCGUCUUCGCCAGAGAUGUCUCCACGAUUGGCACGGUCGGCGCCAUAUAGGCGACCGCCAUCGGUGGCGACGACGACACCGACGGCGUUGGAUGGGAACAGUUUUAACAGUAGCAAUGGCAGUUUGCGGCAUAUGCGCAGUCUGCGGCAUGUGACAGGACGACGGAUAAGUAGCAGGAGCAGCAGUGAUAGCAGUGACAGCGUGGAGAUCAGUCCGCGAACAGAUGCAGCACGACAUCGAGAUGUGAACCCCACGGGAAGGCUGGAGCGCGAGCUAAGUGGUUUACGACGAAAGCUGGACUCGUGCAUGGCGGAUGCCACUGCACGAUGGUAG